AUGGACCCCACUCUCAAGCUCAUGACCCUCAUCAACGUCAGCGCCGCCAGACCCGGCAAACGCCAGAAGCUCGCCACCUCGCACUACAACAAAAUCACCAGCAGAGCCGCAGUCGCUUCCACCACCCUCUCGCAGAGCACAAAGCCGAAUCGCGACUCACUACCUGCUCCCAGCUCAGACGAUGCCGAGCUCGCACACUCCGCCACGCCCAAGCUCGUAGGCGCCGACGAUGCCGAUUCUUCCGACGACGACGACGACGACGACGAGCGGGGUGACGGCCAGCACGACGGCCAGGGACAGCAACGGAAAGGCGAUGGGGCGGCCGCAACAAAGGGCAAGGCUCCCGUAGACGCCUUUCAGGCCCACUUUGGCUCGCUAGGCCCGCAUGCCCAGGCCGUCGAGAAGCUGCCCGCCGAAAACGCAGAGCUCUCCUGGACCAACUCGCGCCAAAAGCUGGGCCCGCUCGGCGACGUCGUAGUCUCUCGCCCGCAGCUCGACGGCCUGGACAGCCAGAAUGCGGAGCUGGUCGGCCACCCGCAGGCAAAGGUGCUCGAGUCGUUUCAGCACUACAUCGAGAAGCGCUACCCGACCGGCAUCACGCCGCUCCAGACGACGCUGGCCAACAAGCUGGCGAGCUACAUCGACGUCGCCCAUACCGAGGUCGACCUCGACGAGCGGGCGCAGCUGCGCGAGACCAUCGCCAUGCACGCCAUGAGCCACGUGACAAAGACGCGCCGGAGGAUCCUCAAGAACAACGAGCGGCUGGCCAAGCUCGCCUCGGCCGACGACGGCGCCGCCGCCUCGCUGACGGCCGACGUGCGCGACCAGGGCUUCACACGGCCCAAAGUGCUGGUGCUGCUGCCCUUCCGCAACUCGGCAAAGGAGUGGGUGCGGCUGCUGCAGAGCUUCUCGCUGUGCUCCCAGGUCGACAACAAGUCGCGCUUCGAGUCCGACUUUUCGCUGCCCGAGGGCACCGUCGACAAGCUGGCCGACGCCUCGGCCUACUCGCGCUUCCCGCGCGACCACGUCGAGACGUUCCGCGGCAACAUUGACGACAGCUUCAAGCUCGGCCUCAAGGUGACGCGCAAGAGCCUCAAGCUCUACAGCCCCUUUUACGACAGCGACGUCAUCGUCGCCAGCCCGCUCGGCCUGCGCCUCAUCAUUGAAAAGGAGCGCGACGCCGACUUCCUCUCGUCGAUCGAGAUGCUCGUGGUCGACCAGCUCGACGUCAUGGCCAUGCAGAACUGGGACCACCUCCAGUUUGUCCUGGGCCACCUCAACCAGAUCCCCAAGCAGGCGCGCGAGACGGACUUUUCGCGCGUCAAGCAGUGGUACCUCGACGGGCGGGCGCCCCUGUUCCGGCAGACGGUGCUGCUGUCGGGCUACGACUUCCCAGAGCUGCGUGCGCUGUACGCAAAGGAGCUGCGCAAUGUGGCGGGCAAGCUGCGCACCGUGCGCACCCACGCCGAGGGCACCAUGGCGCUGACGCGCCCGGGCAUCCGGCAGGUGUUUACGCGCUUCGACUGCGUCAACCUGCACUCCGAGGCCGACCUGCGCUUCCAGCACUUUACCACCAAGACCUACCCGCAGCUACAGAAGAGCGCCGUGUCGUCGAGCCAUACGCUCGUCUUUGUGCCGAGCUACUUUGACUUUGUGCGCCUCGACGACUGGCUGCGCAAGCAGAAGGGCGCCAGCUACGCCGCCAUCUCCGAGUACUCUACGAACCGCGAGAUUCUGCGAGCGCGAGAAUCCUUUUUCUCGGGGCGCAAGGCGAUGCUGCUCAUCACGGAGCGCUUCCACUUCUACCGGCGCUACUUUAUCCGGGGCGCAAAGACGCUCGUCUUCUACGACCUGCCCGACCACGCCGCCUUUUUUGCCGAGGUGCUCCAGUUUCCGUUUACGCGGAAAAACACGAUUUUCCUCGAGGAAAAGGCCAAGGCUGGCAGGGCUGGAAAGAGAGGUGCUGGAGACGAGGGCGACGAGGAGGAGGAGGAGGAGACGGAUCCGAGCGAGGUGUCGGUCCAUGUCGUCUUUUCGCGCUAUGGCUUCAUGAAGCUCGAGAGGAUCGUGGGCGCCCAGGAGGCGAGGAGGAUGGUCGAGGGUCAGAAGGCUACCUGGCGCUUCGUCUAG